CUCCGAUCCUCUCACUUUUUCCGAGGCUGUGCAUAAAAGGAACAAGCAAAAGAGUCUUCUAGCUCACUUUUUGCACGCUUCCUCUCCUCCUACUACUACUUUCUGCGAUCAGAUUCAGAGAGGCUACACCAUCGAGGCAAGUACGACGCGCAUAGCUAGGUAGCUACCACCGCCUGCUUAUAUAUAUACUAUUACUUUGCCGUGCACUGCACUGGCACUGCACUUCCUUCCUUCUCCCUGCGCGCGGCGGCCAUCAAUGGGGGACGGCCAGUGCGAGCUCGUGGUCGACAACCACUGCCAGCUCCGGCACCGCCUUGACCUGUCUGGAGCCGAGGACCUCUUCAGCGUCAUCGGGACGUGGGAGGAGCGCACGGACGACGGCGGCGCCGGUGAUGGUGGUGGAGGCGGUUCUUCUGCGCCUGCUAUGCGAGCUUAUAGGCAGAUAAGCUGCAGUGCUGGCGCCGUGGCGGCGACUAGGCUGACUGGGAAGAGCCGGCGGCGCACGGGCGAGGAGGAGGAGGAGAAAGGCAGUGGCGGCAGCGCUCCCGGGCCCGCGCAUAAGAAGCACAAUAAGGCGGGUUCAGCGGUGACAGACGACGACGAGGGGGCGCCGAAGAUUUCACAUGUGGCGGUGGAGCGCAACCGGAGGAAGCAGAUGAACGAGCACCUCACCGUGCUGCGCUCGCUCAUGCCCUGCUUCUACGUCAAGAGGGGAGACCAAGCGUCCAUCAUAGGAGGGGUGGUGGACUACAUCAAGGAGCUUCAGCAGGUGCUGCGUUCGCUGGAGGCUAAGAAGCACCGCAAGGCGUAUGCGGAGCAGGUGCUGAGCCCGCGGCCUUCAGCAGGUGGCGUGUCGACGUCGGUAUCGGCGGCCAGCCCGCGGCAUCUCGCCGUCAAGUCCGUGGCGCCGCUCAGCCCUCGAAUGGCGGUUCCCAUAAGCCCCCGGACGCCGACCCCGGGCAGCCCUUACAAGGCAGCUGCAUCCGGCGUGGCUGGAUGCUGCAGGCUACCACUACUCCCGCCCUACAUGCUGUCGUCGUCGGCGGCGGCGGCUGCGGCGUCCUACUCGCAUGAUCAGCAGCAGCACUACUCCACGCAGACGACGACGUACCUGCCGACCCUAGACAGCCUUGUGACCGAACUCGCCACGCAGCAGGCAGCUUGCAGGCCAGCGGCGGCGGCGGCCGGGCUCGCCCUCCCCGACGUGAAGGUGGAGUUUGCAGGGCCCAACCUCGUGCUCAAGACGGUGUCUCACCGCGCGCCGGGGCAGGCGCUCAAGAUCAUCGCCGCACUCGAGAGUCUCUCGCUGCAGAUCCUUCACGUCAGCGUUAGCGCCGUGGACGACACCAUGCUGCACUCCUUCACCAUUAAGAUUGGGAUCGAGUGCGAGCUUAGCGCGGAGGAGCUUGUGCAGGAAAUUCAGCAAACGUUAUUGUGAUAACGUACGCGUGGGGGUUGCUUUACUGCUUGCAUUGGCUACCUGCAUGCAUGCACAGACAUAAAACUGCAUGCCUACAUCCAUGGCUUUCCAGGCAGCUUCACCAUUAACAGGAGAUGGGCAGCUAGGGUGCAAUAAUCUGCGUGGCGCUGUCAUGUAUAAGCUGUAGGCUCUACUAGUUUAUAGUUACAGAUCAGGGCUAUUUCGAUCUGUCUUUUAGAUGCCAGCACAGUAUGCUAGAGAUAGCUGUUAUAUGUCUUGUUUUCUACUGCAGAAUAAUGGGUCAAUUUCGAUCUU